UGCUACUCUAUUCCAGUUGUUAGUACGAAAUUAUUUCAUAUUUUGGCGGUGUUUAUACUAAUAUUUUGUCGGAGAUUAAGAUAUUGUCGAAAGGAGUUUUGUGUCAGUCGGAACAAUUGCGAGGGAAAUUGAAAUCGUUCAAAUCCCCCAAAAUUCCCCUCUCCCCCUUUUUAUUUUCCCACUUCACUUCUCCUCCCCCCUACCCCACCGGAAACAUCACAUCUACGAGGCUCAGCCUCUAUCCGAAAGCCGCAGAUUUCCCUCUUAUUGGAUUUAGGGCAAUCACUGAUGAUUCGGAACUUGUACGAUUCUUAGGUUUUGAUUAAAUCUCAAAUGAUAUCUGAAGAAGCUAUUUGUUAGUUAAAGUUAGAGAAGAUGGCGAAGGUUGCUGCUGCGGGUCCCGUACAUCCAUCAAAUGCACUUAAGUUUGGUGGGGGUGGUGGUUCUAAGGUUACUGCCACCACAGUGAAACGAAAAACUCCAUCUGAGUUACGCGGAGAGCAAUUGAAGAGAAAGAAUACUACACAACCUGUGGAUGAAUCAUCAGCCCCAAUUGGUGGCUCUGUGAGCAAUGGUGUUUUCCCGGGGUCCAAGAUAUCUGAUGUAUCGAAGAACCCAAGAUAUGUUGAUACUCGUAUGGAUGAGCUAUUUCCUGUCAGAAAAAACAGCAUCAGGCUAAAUUUGAUUUCGAGGAAAGAAAAUGUCAAGGAAAGUUUUCCAGCAGAGCAAAGUGGUAGUAUUAAAAAAUCUUCUGUGCCUUCAGCAUUUCCUGCUGAGAAUCAACAGCAAUUGAAAUGUGGAAAAGAUUGUGCAACCAAAACUUGUAGCACAAGUCAAAGGUGCAAUGAAAAUACCUUCCGCAGCGUCACUGAGCUGUCACUGGGUGGUGUAGAUGCACAUGGCUUGUCUACUAUUGAUAUGGAUAAAGCCUUAAGAGGACUGGCUACCCAUGAGCAUCAAGUUGCUUCUGCUAAAAUUGCUGAAUCCUCUGAACCAGAUGGUGGUUCAAGGUCAAAAUUUUUCUCCUCAGAACUCCAUGUCCCAUGUAAGAUGACCCCGUUGGAUCUGACGAUGAAAACUAAUAUACGAGUUGUGUCUGCAUCUUCCAUCAACUGGUUUCAUCGAUUGAUCAAUUGUGGCACCGGCAAUGUGGUGGCGAGGUUUACAUCCUCGAAUUGUUCCACGGGUCAAAAGAUGACCUGCUUUUCUGAAAUGAAUUCUGUUUCCCAAGCAGUUAAUCAUUGGUCAUUGCAUUCCUGGAUGUAUCCGCAGUCUCCUCUACCGCCUUCAGUUAUAUCAACUUUAACAUUGUCUGCUUCAAUGGGAGGGCAACUAGACUUUUUAAGCGAAAGGCAGCUAGCAUGGCAGGAUUCCUUUCGAAGUUUAUAUUACAUGCUUCGGAAGAAUGUUUGCAGCAUCUUCUAUGUCUGCACAGCUCAAUUUGUGGUCAUGUUCACCAGUUCUUAUUCUGAGGAAAACUGCAUUUGCAAUGCAUAUAUAUCUCAGUCAACCCGUGGUUUGAGGUCAUCACUCAAAGAACAUGAUGUUUCUUUUUCUAUGCCGCUUUGCCGCUCAAAAUUGGAGGAACUUAGUACAGAAGAGCUGCUUGAGCUUUCAGAGAUUGAGAAACAAAAUCUGGGCCAGACUAGGCGGCGGGGUGCAAUGUCUGAUGUGGAUAAUCGGCCCCAAUCUCUGCUGGCAUUCACUGGAAAUGAGAAUGUUCAUUCUUUAUAUGAUUUUCUACUGAACUAUAGAUAUUUCUUAACUUCUCUAACUGGUGUGGACGUCCCUGCGUUGUAUUCACCUAUCCCAUUUGAGAAUGCUGCAUUCACUGCCCCUGAGGUCAGAUGCAAGGAGGUCAGGAGAAUUGAUCAGGUAGCUUUUCAAGGAAUGGAGUCAAAUGUGCCUUGUGAGCAUACUCAGCAACCAUAUUCUGGGAUGUGCUAUAGUGUUGAAAUUAAGGGUCGAUACCUUGCCCCAUGGGUAACCUCUGCUAUAUGUGAUGCUUUCAGCUCUAACAGCACAAGUUUUGAGGCUAGUUUUAUCACAGAACCUACUUCGGUUGGUUUGAAUACUUGUCUCAGUGUUAGCGGGAAAUGUUCUGAUCCACAAGUUUCAGCAACUGAAGCCUUGGAUAAUGGUAGCCUCUGUUUUGGUAUCCCAAGUACCAAAUUGUGUGCCCAGAUAAAUUCUGCCUUUUUAAAGGGCGUGAAGUACUUUGGCGGUUCAUAUACUGCUUUGCUUUCACCUGUUUGACAUCCUGUGUUGUGACAUAUUCUGGGUAAAUUAUAAACUGGCAUCUGUUUUUGCUGCAAUACAUCUUUCUGUUUGUAAAGUUGUUCAGUAAUUGUUUGUGAGUGAACUUUAUUUUUUCAAAUUAAUAGGAGGCACGGUUCAUCCCUCAUUUUUAUUUUAAACUAAUAUUGCUGUAUAGCUGCCUUGAAAGCUAAUGCAGCGCAUAUUUGCAAGAAGGCUGAUGAUUAAUGCAACUACAAACUUUAUGCA